AUGUAUAAUAUUAGGAUUGAAGACAUAGAAGAUGAGGGGGAAGAAUUAAACUCCUACUCAGGAUUUUCGGUCAGGCACAAGCUAAAUGUAAAUCAUACAAGUAAUUAUAAACAGCUUAGAGAAUUUAUAAAAAUUGACAAAGAAAAUAUGAAAGAAGGAGAAGUUUCAGGUUUAGUCUUUAGAGAUAGAAACAUUUUAAAUGUGACUGGUAAAAUAUUAGUAGAUACGGGAGCGGAAACUACAAUUUUAAGUGUGGAGCAUGGACUUCAAACUGAUCUAAUAAAAGUGUCGUCAGCCCUAUCCAUAUUUUCAGUUUGUUGGGAUUUAGCAAGCAUAUACAAAGUAUUGAUAGACUUGUACUUACAUGGUUAG